AUGUCAACGAGACCAUCUGAUUUCGGGCGAGUUAACCUCUCUGAAUCAGAAACGGCAUCGUUCAAUCAUUCUUUAGAGCAUUUGAUUACUAGUGUGAAAACAUUAGAUACAUCAACUAAACGAAAUGCGGGGAAUGGCAGAUUACCAGAAGUAGUAAACAGAUUAAUUGAUAAAGAUUCUAAAUUUUACAAACGCAGAAGAACUAUAUCUUCUGGUGUUGCUUCUCCUGUAAAAAGAAAAAUUCCACAAGUUAGAGAAGUUAAAAAAUCAAUCUCAGUCCUCGAUAACGAACCAGGAGCUGCACAUUAUUCGCCCAAAUUCUCAUCAAUUCUACCAAAAUCUCCAUCAGUUUCGAUGAAAGAUAAAAAUAGUACUUCUAAGUUGGAUAGAUCAAAUGUUGAUGAGUGUUCCAUGAGUGAAAUGAUUGUAGCAUGGUCAGAUCAUCUUCGAAACGUCGAUUUUACAAAAGCAGAAAAAUCAUCAAAUUCGUUAGAUUACGCUCCAUUACCUCCGAGCACAGUUGAAGGCGCAAACACAUACAAGUUUUCACAAGAUUCACGUUUUGCGAAUCGUGAUUCAUACAUUGUUGGAGAAGAAACUCCAGGACCUUCUGCUUACGCAAUCAAGCAUCCAAAGCAUAACAAUGCAACAUCAUUCCAUUUACAAGUCUCAAGAAUUGACGACAGCGACAAAUUGGAGAAGCCAAUUCGUGAUACUCGCUCUGCAUUAGAUGCAAUCAGGAAACGCGAGCCACAACAGAUUUCUUUUGACAAGCAGGCAUCAAGAGAAAAGAGAGUCAAAGAAGAAGAUCCACUUUGGCAGGAAAUCGAAAACGAACAAAGAGAAAUUCUCAAGAAUUUGUUGAAACAAAAGAAAACUCGCGAAAUUCCAAAGAAGAAAAAGACAGGUGACUUUGCAAAACAAACACGCGAUAACCGCAGCCCAUUUGCACACCUCAUGAGGAAAGAAACAGACGUUGUUUAUGAUGUUGACACAGGCUACAAAUACUUGCAAAGACCAUCAACAAGUUUCGACAUUUCUCAACGAGCUUAUAAAUACAAUCGCGAAAUUCUCAACAAGACAGAAGCUCCUGAUAUCAUUUACUGCAACUCAAAUGAUCAAUGGAAGAAGACACAGCCUCGUGACCAAGUUUCUGACUUCAACAAAUUGCAUUACAGAAAAGAUCCUUAUUAUUACAUGCCAAAGCCCUGUGGCGAGGAAGAUAAGAGAUCUAAGGAAGAGAUCAUGAUGGAUGAAGAGGAAGCUAGGACAAGAGAAGCUUCUACUACAAGAAGAUCAAUUCCAAAGGAGAAACCCGAGAGAUUAAAGAGAAUUAUUGAUACUCCUCUCUCUUUACAAAGGAACAAAAGCGCUUUCGAACACAGAUACGAAGAAGCCUUCAAAUAA